UAUCUACUUGAAAUGACACUGAUACAAAAGUCUAUCUAAAACCUUUACUUGGUAUAUAUCAACCUCUACCAAAUAGUACUCUGCAGUGCCACAUUGCAUUGAAAAGAAACUUGGAAAAUUGGACAUUAAGCGUCAGCUAACCCAUCAUGGUUAGCAUCACUCUGCUCCAUCGUGGAGUUUUUUAUUUUACUGUUAUGGGCACCAAUGUUCUACCACUUCUCAAACAUGGCAUGGACUUGUAUUUUCUGCAGUAUCGCGGAGGAACUGGAACUGGUUGUCAACGACAAGUAUUACCUCUGGUAUGCUUUGAUGAUCUGGGUCAAGAUUGGACAAUAUACACCGAACUUGGAUGCGCAUCCGUUAUCGCCAUGCUAGCCAUGGUUAUUGUUGGCCUUGAUACAAUCAUUGCAUUUUAUUUUUUCCUGUUUAGCUGUCAUGGCAAAAAGGAAGAUUUUCUUGCAGGGGCCGAGGAUGGAUGUUGUGGUUUAGCUGCUGUCGUGCUUUCAUUUGGUCACUAUGACAACGAGGUACUUGCCAAAUCCAAGUCCAUGGCAGCCAAAUGGCGUCGAGCAAGUCGAUUUGUUACUGCCGUAAUCCAAAUCGUGAUGAUUGUUGCUGCUGCUAGUGCACUACGUGUAGUUACCAACAUUGAUUCAAGACCUGAACAAAAAAGCUCCACAUUCGUGCUACUGCCAUGUUUGUUGUUGAAUAUCACUAGCUGGAUUGAAAACAUGUAUGAUGGUAUUAUGGUGCUUUAUGGUGAUUAAUCCGUGUAUUUAUAUUGUCUACUGAUUGAUAUCGCAAUCCUAUUUCAUUUGAAUAAAAAAAAAUAUUUACAGUCAAUAAAAUA